AUGAAAAAAGCUGCGCAGGCACUUGAGUUAAUAUUACGUUCGAUUCCAGGGGAUUGUUACUUUAAUGUAGUAUCUUUUGGAUCUCACCACGAUUCUCUUUUUCCAAAAAGUCAACUUUAUUCCGAAACAUCUUUAUCUAAAGCUAUUGAACUUGCUCAAUCAAUGACCUCAAAUUAUGGUGGAACGGAAAUUUUUGAUGUACUAAAAUGGGUGUUUGAGAAUUCAAGGGAAGAUAUGCCAUCUUCUGUAUUUCUAAUUACAGAUGGUGAAGUUUAUAAUGUUGAACAAGUUGUAGAACUUAUACGUGAAAAGGAAGAAAAUAAGAAGGAUGAUUUACGUGUUUUUUCAUUAGGGAUUGGUGAUUCUGUUUCUCAUAAUUUAGUCGAAUCUGUUGCUCGUGCUGGUAGAGGAUAUUCCCAAUUUGUAACAAAUAAUGAAAGGAUGGAUAAAAAAGUUAUUGGAAUGUUGAAGAAUGCAUUAAAACCACCGAUCAAAGAUUAUAAAAUUACUUGGACUGAUGUUGAUUUCUCCGAAUCAACGGAAAAAAAAGAAAUUCCAAAGGAGGAAGAUAAACCUGUUAUUAGCUUGUAUAGAGACAAGACGGAACCUCUAUCACCUCCAAAUAAUAUCUUUACUGAUAUAAAGAUUCGACAAGCUCCGUAUUUAAUUCCACCUAUUUAUCCUGGUGUUCGUUUCAUUGUAUAUUGCAUCUUAGAGAAUAAUAUUAAACCGCGUCAAGUUAUCACUUUAAAUGCCACUUCUCAAGAUGGUCCCAUGAAGCUUGAUAUUUCUUUGGAUCCCGUUACAUUGCAAGGUUUAAAGAUCCAUAGAUUAGCAGCAAGAAAACUCAUUCAAGAUCUUGAUGAUGGAAACUCAUUUCUUCAUAAACAUCCUAAAAAUUCUGGUAAACUUAUUCCAGCUUCAUUAGUUAAAGAACAUAUUGUGGACCUCGGUAAAACUUUUAAUCUAAUUUCAAAGCAUACAAGGUAUAAAUAA